AUGGCCGAGGGGCCUCAAGUUUUCCAUGAUCUGCUGGCUAGCAAGCUCCCAGCUGCAACCGGCCGCCCAUUACCGCGAUUGGAAGUUCGCUUCAGCAACUUGUCCCUCUCUGCCGACAUCGCUGUUGCCGAUGAUCACUCUACUAAGUACGAGCUUCCGACAAUCCCGAACGAGCUCAAGAAAACCCUCAUGGGACCCAAGAAGAAAACCGUCCGUAAGGAGAUCCUGAAAGGAGUCAGUGGUCGCUUCACGCCAGGCAAGAUCACGUUGCUAUUGGGUCAACCUGGAUCCGGUAAAUCGGCUCUCAUGAAGAUCCUCAGUGGCCGGUUCCCCAUGACCAAGAACAUCACAUUGGAAGGUGAAGUGUCGUUUAACAACGUACCAAGAGAGCAGCUCAAAGACCGAUUGGCGCAGUUCGUGUCGUACGUGAACCAACACGACAAGCAUUUUCCAAUCUUAACGGUUAAGGAGACUCUCGAGUUCGCACACACGUUCUGUGGUGGGAAAUCUCUGGAACAAGGCGAGGGAAUGCUCAACAUGGCGUCCAGUGCACACAAAGAUGUGGCUGCACUUGAACAAGUGAAGAAGAUCUUCGCCCACUAUCCCGAAGUUGUGAUCCAGCAAUUAGGGCUGCAAAUCUGCCAAGAUACCGUCGUCGGUGACAACAUGUUACGUGGUAUUUCCGGUGGUGAACGUAAGCGUGUGACGACUGGCGAGAUGGAGUUUGGUAUGAAAUACGUGUCACUCAUGGACGAGAUCACCACUGGUCUCGACGCUGCGGCGGCAUACGAUAUCGUCGAUACUCAGCGUAGUGUCGCGCAUCGGAUGCACAAGACGGUCGUCAUCGCCUUGCUUCAGCCAUCCCCCGAGCUUUUCGCGCUGUUCGACGAUGUCAUGAUCCUGAAUGAAGGUGAACUCAUCGGAAGGGAUAUCGCCGAUUAUCUACUGGAUUUGGGCACCAAACAGCAACAUCGGUAUGAAGUUCCGCAUCCAGUCAAACAACCGCGAAGUCCCGCUGAAUUCGGCGAGAGUUUCCGGCUAACUCAGAUGUAUCAGGAGACUUUGAGCAUCGUGGAGGCGCCGUAUGACCCCGAUUUGGUCGAAAGUGCCAAGGACAUCAUCGACCCCAUGCCUGCUUUCCACCAAUCGGUGUUUGCCAGUGUCAUGGCGUUGCAGUGGCGAGCAUUAUUGAUCACGUACCGUAACCAAGCGUUCGUGAUGGGCAAGUUGGCUAUGGUCAUCAUCAUGGGGUUACUGUACUGUUCAAUCUUUUACCAGUUUGACUCGACUCAGAUCGCAGUGGUGAUGGGCGUCAUGUUCGCUGCCGUCAUGUUCCUGUCCAUGGGUCAAGGUGCCAUGAUCCCCGUCUACAUCUCUGGACGAGCCAUCUUCUACAAGCAACGUCGAGCCAAUCUCUUCCGAACGGGGUCGUAUGUUCUAGCGACGACAGUGAGUCAGAUUCCGUUGGCACUAGCAGAGACGCUGAUCUUCGGCUCUAUCGUGUAUUGGGUCUGCGGAUUUGCGUCCGAAUUUAAGCUGUUCGUGAUCUUCGAAAUCAUCCUCUUUGUGUCGAAUCUGGCGAUGGGCAUGUGGUUCUUCUUCCUAGCUGGUGUCUGUCCCGAUGCAAACGUGGUGAUGCCAGUGGGGAUGGUCUCGAUCCUGGUGUUUAUCAUCUUUGCGGGGUUCGUCGUGACCAAGAGUUUGAUCCCCGACUACCUCAUCUGGGCACAUUGGAUCAGUCCGAUAGCUGAAUUCGACGUCUGUGUGUACGACGAUGUCGACUACUGUGCCAAGUACAACGGCAUGACUAUGGGGGAAUACUAUCUGGAUCUUUUCGACUUUGUGACGGAAAAAGAAUGGGUGGCGUACGGGAUUAUUUAUCUCUUGGCCAUCUACGUCGUUUUCAUGUUCUUGUCAUAUUUGGCACUCGAGUACGUUCGGUACGAGACCCCAGAAAACGUCGACGUAUCUGUGAAGCCAAUUGAAGAUGAGAGCUCGUACAUCCUCACUGAAACGCCGAAAGCAGCGAAUAAACCGGACGUCGUUGUCGAGUUGCCAGUGGGAGCUCAUCUGCAUUACUUCGUUCCGGAUCCGCAUAAUCCGAAGGAACAACUUGAACUUCUGAAAGGAAUCAACGGCUACGCAGUCCCCGGCUCGAUUACGGCGUUGAUGGGGUCGACUGGAGCUGGUAAAACCACUCUUAUGGACGUGAUUGCGGGUCGUAAAACAGGGGGCAAGAUUACGGGUAACAUCAUGUUGAGCGGCUACGAAGCGAGCGACUUGGCUAUCCGCCGUGCUACGGGCUAUUGCGAGCAGAUGGAUGUACACUCGGAGGCUGCUACGAUCCGUGAAGCGUUGACUUUCAGCUCGUUUUUACGUCAAGACGCGACCAUUUCCGACGCGAAAAAGUACGAUUCGGUGAACGAAUGUAUUGAACUUCUCGGGUUGGAAGAUAUCGCAGACCAGACCAUCCGCGGUAGCUCCGUGGAGCAGAUGAAGCGCUUGCCUAUUGGGCCCCAGCCAAGUGUCAUUUUCCUUGAUGAACCGACCAGCGGAUUGGACGCUCGUUCUGCCAAGAUUAUCAUGGAUGGCGUUCGGAAGGUGGCGGAUUCGGGACGUACUAUCAUCUGUACGAUCCAUCAGCCAUCAGCUGAGGUGUUUUUCCUGUUCGACAGACUACUAUUACUACAACGUGGUGGCCAGACUGCGUUCUACGGUGACUUGGGUGACAACUGUCGUAAUUUGAUCGAUUAUUUCGAAAACAUCCCUGGCUGUAUCGGCGCUGGUGUUGGACAUGGGAGCACAGACGCGACUGAUAUUGUGUCGUUCUUCAGGAACAGUCCGUACAAUCAGCAACUCGAAAGUACUAUGGCGAAAGAAGGCAUUACUACUCCGUCUCCGGAUCUUCCGGAAAUGGUGUUCGGGAAGAAACGUGCGGCGAAUUCGAUGACUCAGAUGAAGUUCGUGGUGUGGCGAUACUUCCAGAUGUACUGGCGCACACCGACGUACAACCUGACUCGGAUGUACCUCGCCAUCUUCUUGGGGAUUUUGUUCGGAUUGAUCUUCGUGAGUAACGACGACUACGCUUCGUACUCCGGAUUGAAUUCCGGAGUUGGUAUGGUGUUCAUGUCUUCGCUCUUCAACUCGAUGGCAGUUUUCGAGAGCGUCAUGCCCUUGACGUGUGCCGAACGUGAAUCGUUCUAUCGUGAGCGUGCGUCACAGACGUACAACGCCUUCUGGUACUUUGUCGCGUCGACGUUGGCUGAGAUCCCGUACUGCUUUGUCAGCUCACUACUGUUCACCGUUUUCUUCUACUACUUUGUCGGGUUUACCGGGUUCUCGACGAUGAUCGUUUUCUGGCUCCAAUCGUCACUUCUGGUGCUCAUGAUGGUCUACCUGGCUCAAUUCUUCGAAUGUUAUUCAACUCGGUCUUUAUGA